UGCGUUUACUCCCAUCAGCUCCAGUAUGGCUUACCACGACGCCAGCAUUAUAUCCAGUAGCCCCGUGAAGCCAAUGCAGCGGCCCAUGGCUACCCAUCCCGACAAAACCAAGCUCGAGUGGAUGAAUAACGGCUACACAAAUUCAGCAGUUGCAAGCCACGGCAUCCUUACGAGCUACCAGGAGCUGGUGGAAGACCGCUUCAGGAAGCCGCACGCUUUCGCCGUUCCUGGCCAGUCGUGCCAGUCGUACCAGUCUCAGCCGCGCCACCACGAUACUCACUUCGGCCGCGUGACUCCGGUUUCGCCCGUGCAGCACCAGGCCGCCCCUGUCAGUAGCACCACCAAGCAAGAGGGCUUUGCUGUGCCUGCUCCUCUGGACAACAAAGGAACUGGUUCCUCUCUCAACAACAGUCUGAGGUGCCGGAGCGUGAGCCCCGCUGUCCACCGCCAGCGUAAUCUCAGCGGAAGCACUGUUUACCCUGUUUCGAAUAUCCCGCGCUCGAACCUGACACCUUUUGGAAGUCCAGUGGCUCCCGAGGUUCACAAUGUGUUUGCCAACAUCCACGCAGACACCAGUGCCAACAACAUAGCGCAAAGAAGCCAGUCGGUCCCGUUGACUGUGAUGAUGCAGACGGCCUUCCCAUCUCUUCAGAAACAAACAAACACUAAAAAAAUCACCAAUGUGUUGUUAAACAAACUUGAUUCUGAUAGCGAUGAUGCGGUGAGAGGUUUGGGAGUGAACAACAUGCCUGCAAAUUACACCGCCAGGAUGAAUCUCACUCAGAUUUUGGAGACGUCUGCCGCCUUUCCUAGUGCCAACCCACAAAAUAUGAUCAAUUCCAGCACUUCAGUUUAUGAAUUCCAAACACCAAAUUACCUCACGAAAAACAGCAGCACCGAUCAGAUCAGUUUUUCUUCUGGAGAUAACCAAGCACAAUCAGACAUCGGAGAGCAGCAAUUAGAUUUUAGCAGCACUGUAAAAGACCUUUUAGGGGAGGACAGUCUGCCAACAAACCAGCAGCUGGUGAAUCAGGUGGCAUCAGACCUGAGUAACGAUGCAUCUGUCUUUUCCAGCGACAUCAGGUUGUCUUCCGAGCUCUCAGGCAGCAUUAACGAUCUGAACACUUUAGACACAAAUCUACUGUUUGAUCCAGGUCGUCAGCAGGGACAAGACGAUGAUGCUACACUGGAGGAACUGAAAAACGACCCCUUGUUUCAACAGAUCUGCAACGAGUCCAUUAACUCCAUGAGUACAUCGGGUUUUGAGUGGAUGGAGAGUAAGGAUCAUCCUGCUGUUGAAAUGCUGGGUUAAUCUUGUUUUAUCGUAUGUAUGUAGCACACUAUCUGCAAGACAGACGUAUUGUAUUUGUCUUAAUGGAAGUGCCUCCCGCAGCAGAAACACUUGCUAUGUAUUG